UUUGCACACGCAUUUCAGUAAACGCCGCACCGACGUUAUCCUUGCUACUUUGCUGACUGAAAAAAGGUAAAAACUCAACCCUCUGUCACCAACAUGCCUGACAUCGAAGAAGUUCAGCAGAUGGAAGAAGAUUCCGAAGCGGAAACCUUCGCUUUUCAAGCCGAGAUCGCUCAGUUGAUGAGUUUGAUCAUCAACACGUUUUACUCGAACAAGGAAAUUUUCUUGCGAGAACUGAUCUCGAACUCUUCUGAUGCUCUGGACAAAAUUCGCUACGAGAGUUUGACGGACCCGACGAGGCUUGACAGCACUAAAGAACUUAAGAUUGAGCUUAUCCCCAACAGAGAUGACAACACCUUGACGAUCAUCGACACUGGGAUUGGUAUGACCAAGGCGGAUCUUGUCAAUAACUUGGGAACCAUCGCCAAGAGUGGAACGAAGGCUUUUAUGGAGGCUUUGCAGGCUGGUGCCGAUAUCUCUAUGAUUGGUCAGUUUGGUGUGGGUUUCUACUCGGCCUACUUGGUUGCUGACAAGGUUGAAGUUUACACCAAGCACAAUGAUGAUGAGCAGUACCUCUGGGAAUCUGCAGCUGGAGGCUCCUUUACUGUUCGCCGUCUUGCAGAGGAGGUGUUGCCCCGAGGAACUAAAGUCAUUCUUCACCUCAAGGAAGAUCAGCAGGAAUAUUUGGAGGAAAAGCGAGUGAAAGAGAUUGUAAAGAAGCACAGCCAGUUCAUUGGUUAUCCAAUUGCUCUUAUGGUGCAAAAAGAGCGAGAAAAGGAAGUCAGCGAUGAUGAGGAGGAGGAAGAAGAAGAGAAGAAAGACAAAGAGAAUGAAGAGGAAAAGAAAGAUGACGAAGAAGGCGACAAACCUAAGAUAGAAGACCUUGACGAAGAAGAGGAGGAGAAAAAAGAAGAGAAAAAGAAGAAGAAAAUUAAGGAAAAGUACACCGAAAUGGAAGAGCUCAACAAGACCAAACCACUGUGGAUGCGUAACACUGAUGAAAUCACCACGGAGGAAUAUGGUGAGUUUUACAAGAGUCUGACCAAUGACUGGGAGGAGCAUUUGGCGGUCAAGCAUUUUUCAGUUGAAGGACAAUUGGAGUUCCGUGCUCUUCUGUUUCUUCCACGGCGGGCACCCUUUGAUCUAUUUGAAAACAGGAAAAAGCGCAACAACAUCAAGCUUUAUGUACGCCGUGUAUUCAUCAUGGACAAUUGUGAAGAUAUCAUUCCGGAGUACCUAAACUUUAUAAAGGGUGUUGUGGAUUCUGAGGAUCUGCCGUUAAACAUUUCUCGUGAGAUGCUACAGCAGAACAAGAUUUUGAAAGUGAUCAGGAAAAACCUUGUCAAGAAGUGUUUGGAGCUGUUUGCAGAGGUCACAGAGGACAAGGACAACUACAAGAAAUUUUAUGAGCAGUUUGGAAAGAACAUCAAGCUUGGUAUUCACGAAGACAGUGUCAACCGCACCAAGCUGGCUGAUCUUCUGAGAUAUCAGUCCUCCGCCUCUGGGGAUGACAUGACGUCACUGAAGGAUUACGUGACAAGGAUGAAGGAAAACCAAAAAGACAUCUACUACAUCACUGGUGAGAACAAAGAUCAGGUUGCCCAUUCUGCGUUUGUGGAGCGAGUCAAGAGCCGUGGUUUUGAGGUGUUGUACAUGACUGAACCCAUUGAUGAGUAUGCCGUACAGCAGCUGAAGGAGUAUGAUGGAAAGAAGCUUGUCAGUGUGACGAAGGAAGGACUUGAGCUGCCUGAGGAUGAUGAGGACAAAAAGAAGUGGGAAGAAAAGAAAGCCAAAUUUGAGCCUCUCUGCAAGACUAUCAAGGAAAUCCUAGACAAGAGGGUCGAGAAAGUGGUAGUGUCAUCUCGUCUGGUAUCAUCCCCCUGCUGUAUUGUCACCAGCCAGUUUGGAUGGACGGCAAACAUGGAGAGAAUCAUGAAGGCCCAGGCACUGCGUGACAACAGCACUCUGGGAUACAUGGCAGCCAAGAAACACCUUGAGGUGAAUCCCGAUCACUCCAUUGUGGAGACCUUGAGGCAGAAGGUGGAGACUGAUAAGAAUGAUAAGUCUGUGAAAGAUCUUGUCAUGUUGCUGUACGAAACCUCUCUCUUGUCAUCUGGAUUCACCCUGGACGACCCACAGGUUCAUGCCAGCCGCAUCUACCGAAUGAUCAGUCUGGGUCUCGGAAUUGACGAAGAUAUGGAAACUGUUGCUGAAGGAAAUACUGGUGAGGCCAGCGCUGAAGACAUGCCACCACUUGAAGGAGAAGAAGGAGACGAUCCCUCCAAGAUGGAAGAAGUCGAUUAGUCAUUUCAGUCAAGAUAACGGCUUGAAAAAAGGAAUUAAGUCAUUAGUUUGACAAGCUGCGUUCUUUUUGACAGUUGCAUAGUAACCAUUAACAUUUUGCUGAUGCGAAGUGCAUUGCUAUAAGCACAGAAAAACAAUUUCUCGUAGAUACUGAAAUUAUUAAGUACGUGUGAUUUGGCUCAGACUACUUUAUUGGGUAGGUUCACAAUUUUGGGCAACUAAUUGAACUAUUGUUAAGUGAAUAAUAAUUUAAGGGUGCAUGUGCAUGUACUAACAUAAAAAUUGCCCGAGUAUCUAAAAGUAAUUAUGGUUGCUGUUGACCCGUUGACAUCUUGUUUAAAAUUGUCUGUUCUAAUACUCUGAACUUUGUACUUUCUUAUAUGUAACAUACCUACCUGUGUGUGUAGCUGAGAGUAAACUCAACUGGCCAGUAAUUAAUCAUGGUUAAUCCAUCAAGUUAGCAUUGUGUGUAUGUUUGGGACAGGAGGGGGUGGGGGGAAUUGCUCUUUGGAUCUUUGUUUGCUGAGCAAAUCAUUGGGCCCUCCACCAUAAAGAUUUACCAGCAUCUCUUUGGCUACACUCACAGAUCUACUAGUUUCUGUAUUGACCUUUUGCCUGAAAUUGUGACUUAGCUUCUUUCAUGUAGUUCUGCAAGUUAGUUCUUAUUUAUGUUAGCUAUGAGGCAUUUUUGCAUUUUUGCAUUUUUGUCAUGCAAACUAUCAAAUAAAACAAGCCAGUUACAAUUUA